CCGACCCUCCCUCACCAUGACAACGGCAGAUGACUUUUAGCAUCGUCGGGAGACAGCCGUUACCUCCGCCGCCGCUGGUUUAGAGGCGUUUUUCCCAAUAAGUCGUGUUUUAAAUCGGCCCGUCUGGUUCUUUUUUCAUGCCGGAAGGUCGCUGGAGCCGAUAGAGCCCCUCCGGAGCGGGAGGCCAGCCGGAGGCAGAGAGAGACGAUGUUUCACCGAGUGAACAACAGCAACAACAACAUGGCUCUGCUCCAGCAUCCCCGGCUGCUGCUCCCCGGUGUUUUCCUGCUGCUCUUCGCCGGCCGUGUCCAAGCCCGCUCCUCUCAGAUAUCGGAUCUGAAAUCUAAAAUCUCGGGGGUGGAGGAGCUGCUGGAGGAAUUCCGGAAGCAGCUCCAGCAGGACCAGGCUUACAGAGCGGCCGACGUGAGUGACUCCUGCGCAGGCGACUUCAGCGCCGCGGAGCAACGCAUCAUCCGGACAAAGGCCUCCAUCGAGCAGGGAGCCACCUUCCUGCUGGCCCCGGACAGGGUGUACACCUGGAGGGACUGCUUACACGCCUGCUGCUCGCAGCCUCACUGCACGGUGGCGGUGGUCCAGGAGGACCUGCGGCGACCCGCGGACGGCCUCAGCUGUUACCUGUUCAACUGCACCUACAGGAAUAAAAACAUCUGCUCCUUCGCUCCGCAGGAAGGCUUCACCACCUACAGCCGGACUCCGAACGGCACGCUGGGGCACCUGCCUGGAACCACCGGCGGAACCACCGGCGGAACCACCGGCGGAACCACCGGCGGAACCACCGGGAGGCCCCGGCAAGCUGGCGAGGAGGACACCCCAGAAAUGGACGAGCCUCCUCGCAGCGAUGCAGGCCAGGACGUGGUGAUCCAGCUGCCCACCGACUGGGCCGUCCUGGACGGCAGGGGCAGCGUGGACGACCACAGAAUCACCCACUACGAGUGGACUCUUGUUAAAGGAGAUACAGCUGUCAACAUGAAGGCGACCCACCCAGGGCUGCUGAAGGUCAGCGGUCUCCAAGAGGGCGUCUACUCGUUCCAGAUGACCGUUACCGACUCGGCGGGGCAGAAGAGCUCCGACAACGUCUCUGUCACCGUGCUGGCACCAAAACACCAGGCGGAAGUUUGCACUGGUGACUGCUCCAACUACCAGUUCAAGUGUGAUGAUGGCUGCUGCAUCGACAUCUCCUACGCCUGUGAUGGGAGGCAACACUGUCCCGACCGCUCUGACGAAGACUUCUGCACAAAUUUUGAUGGUGGUCGGAAGUCGGUGACCCACCCGGUGAAUCCUCCCAGCCCUCAGAGGCCCGCAGCCCGGACCGAGCAGGCUGACAGUGCCGCCGUGCUUCCAGAGGCAUCCAGGAAAACAGUCGUAUCGGCGGUAGACGGGAGCAGCGCUGUUCCUGCUCUGAGCCUCACUGAGCAGCAGGGCGCGUCUGCUAACCAAGAUCCGUGCGCUGCAGAUCCGGUCGUUGGUCCCUGUAAAGGCACCUUCCCUCGGUGGUACUACGACCAAAAGGCCCGAGAAUGCAAACACUUCCUGUACGGUGGUUGCCAGGGUAACCACAACAACUUCCUUCAGGAGUCAGACUGUGUCAGUGAAUGUUUACAGAAAAGCUCGGCCUUCAGCCCAACCAGUGCAGCUGCCCCCGUCACAAAGACGACUGAAAAAGAUGCGCCUAAAGUUUCCAAAACCCAAGCAGAGAGUAGCGACAUAAUCUCCAAACCAUUUCCAGUUAAAGGAGGACAGCCAGGCCCGGAGUCAGGUGCAAUUCUUCCUCUGGCGGUCGGCAUCCUCAUCACUGCGCUGCUGCUGCUCAUGAUCGGCUGUCGUCUGAGACUCGUUCGUCACAAGCUAAAGAAAGCGCGACCUCUCACCACCGAGGAGUCAGACUACCUCAUCAACGGCAUGUAUCUGUAGCCUAGGAAGCUGAUUUAAACAACGAUACCCCCUGCUGCCCUUAAAAAAAUCUAGUCAUAAAUCAGUAAAGAUGUAUGUUUGCUGUUUAAAGUCCCCGUGAUGAAACCGAACGACUCGCUAAAUUACAUAUCAGACAUUGUUCAGCUUUUCCUCCUGCAAGUCUGGCACAAAACGCCAUUUCUGCCACUAGGUGUCACUAAUGUGCCAUGUUUGUGCUCCACCUGUUAGCACAGCUAGCUUGAAUGAAAACGAGUAUUUUGAGUGCCUGGUAACCAUGGUUACCAUCCGUAAAUCCUGUUUGAGUGCGGAUCGGUUAAGCCACAUCAUGUCCUGCGAAUCUUCCUGUCGUUACAGCAUGUUUGUUUUUUUUAUUUUAUUUAAUGUUUUAAAUAAAUAAAAUAAAAGUACCCCAAGGAAAGGAAUUUUACAAUAUUGUGGUUAAUUGUAUUAAUUUGUCUUUUCUUGCUGGGAAAUGUAUUUACACAGGCAUGUGUAAAUAAAAUACUAAAACGUUAAUACAUCUGUAAAUAAAAAAUAUAUUUCACAAACACAGAUAUAAAUGAACAUUUGAAUGUUACAUAAAUAUUAAGAAUUUUGCAUAAUUCUAAGUAAACUUUGAGAUUUCAGAAAACCAAUUUAUUUAAGGUUCUGCACAUUGUUUGCAAAAUCCUACAAACAUUUGUCAAACGACUUUUUGAAAACUUUUUAGAGAAAUAUCUACUUUACAAAUGAGUAAUUUUCUAAAGAACCAGCAUUUUAUCUCAAUUUUUAGGAUUUAAAAUAAAGAUAACAUAAGAGGACAAAUAUCUUUUUUGAAAAGCAGAUUGAUUCCAGUAUAUUAAGAAAAACAUAUAACGACUUAUUUUAGUGUAAUACUGCAGGGGGAAAAAAUGGUUGAAAAUUUACUUUUAUUAUUGAUAUGUGUUCAAAAAUGCUAACUAGCACCUUUUGAUUUUUAGCAAAAGUCAUUAAGACUGGUUUAGAGAGAUUUUAUGUUUGUAAAAUUGUGCAAGUUGGAACAAUGAAAUGUUACAAAAUUAACUCUGUAAACCCUGCAGUUUGUUCUUACCUGCAUUAACUGGGGAAAAACACAAAACAAAGAACUGCAAGAAAAACAUAAACAUCUCUUUAUUUUUAUAUCCCAUUCCAGAUAUUGUGAAAGCCAAAUAUAAUCAACCACUUCAACCCCUCUAAAUAAAAUGUGCUUUUUUUGUGUAUUAUUCUUUUUUUUUCUCCAAGAAAACAGACAUUUGCUUUAUAUUGUUGAAGUUUAUUUUGGCAAAGCAGUGACUCUCCCAGUUAGUGACCGAACACGUCGGAAUUGGAGACCAGCGGCAGCAAACGACACGUCACCCGGUGGGAAGCGCAGCCCUGUACCUGCAUGCGUUUUGGUGAGUUAGGUGCUGUUUCUGAAGUUUAUCCAGAGAGCUGAGUGUUUCAUACGUGACCCAACGGUUCUGCACAUCAGUCACGGUGUUGUUCGUGUUUUCUAAUACUGCUGGAAGGGGUUUGAGGGGAAAACAAGCUUAUAUUCUAGCAGAAAAAUCUACAGUUAGAUGAGCCACACACACACACACACACACACACACACACACACACGCUGUAGCUAGGUGAAUUAUCUAAAAGUCUCCGGUGUUUUUGUUCUGCUUUCCUCGUACAUUCAGCUUUGACCCUGCUGAAAUGUAAUGCAAAAACACCCGACUGCAAUAAAAAAAAACACACAAAAAAAAACCCCAGCAG